UAUCACAAUUUAGAAAGUAUAUGUUAAAAAAAGAACCUUUUGAUAUGAAUUAUGAUCUUCAAAGAGAUACUCCUAUGAUUUGGUGGCAAACAUAUCCAAGUAGAAUUGAAAAAAUGGCAAGAAUUCAUUCAUAUUAUAUUUCAAAUGUUAAAAAACAUUUAACUUAUUUUGGACAAGAUUUAUCAGAUGAAGAAAUUGAACACUAUCUUUUCAAUUAUAUUAAUAGUGUUGAUAGUGAUGAUGAGGAAAGAAUUUUUGAAGAAAUUUUAUUAGAAAAUGAAUCAGAUGAUGAAUUGGAUAGUGAAUUAUUACAAAAUACUCAAAAUACUGGUGAAUUAAUAAGUGAAGAAGAAUUAAAUACUGUAUUGAAAUUAAAUGUAGAAGUAUAUGUAGAAAUUUCAGAUGAAAGUUUUACUAAUAAUAGGUCAUUAUAUUGUGAUGAAAGUAAUAUAACAAAUAAUACAGAAAAUACAAUGGAAUCUUUUAUAAGUAAUGAAGAAUAUAAUGUAAAUGAAUUAGUAGAUAAUUUAUUAGAUUCUAAUUCUGAUUAA